CUUCCCAAUUCCAUUUCCUUCCUUAUUCUCCGCCACGAAGCGCCAGCUUUGGCAAGGAUAGAGAUAGCUUGUAAACGAAGGUUUUUCCCCUCUUCUGAAAGAACAUUGGAGAAAGACAGGGAAGGAAAGCCGUUUCCAUUACUUUCCACAGGCGCACAAACUCUGAUGCAAAAGAGCUAAAGAUUCCCCCUUCUCCUUUCCCCUUUCCCCUUUUCAAAAAAGUAGGCCAUCCUCUCUCACUCUUUCUCUAUCUGCUGAGUCGGAGCGACUGAGCUUCAGCUGGGAAGACUGAGAAUUCCGAAUGCUGAUUGCCGAAUUGGUCGCUGAUUCGCGGAGCUGGAGCAUGGGGAGUAGCAGUGUUGAGGCGGAAUUAGGCUUCGAUGUGGAGGAGACAAUCUUCGUCGCCGUGGGGAGGAACGUCGAGGAAAGCAAGACGGCGCUGCUCUGGGCGGUCCGCAACUUCUCAGGGAUGAAGAUUUGCCUCCUCCACGUCCACAAGCCUUCUUCCAAUGUCGUCGUUCCGUUCAAAGACAGGCUCCUUGCUGCCAACAAAGCGAAGAAAGUUGCUGCCGAGGGAUUUGAAGAGUUGGAGAGGAGAAAGGUGGCUGAUGUUUUGACUCAGUACUUCCUCAUUCUUGGGCAAGAAGGGGUUAAACCUUAUGAAGUGUGGAUUGAGGCGAUGAGCAUCGAGGAGGGGAUUGUCGAAAUUGUUGAUCGGUACUAUGUGAAGUGGCUGGUCAUGGGUGCAGCAGCUGAUAAGCACUACUCAAAGUGAGAAGUGUAUAAAUGAAUUAUCAUAGUUUUGAUUGGCAAGAUGCUUUAUUUUGUGUUCCUGUAUCUGGUUAUUACAGGAAAUUAGCAGAGAUUAAGUCCAAGAAAGCAGCAUUUGUAUGGCAACAUGCAGCUAUGUCUUGCCAUAUCUGGUUUCUUUGCAAUGGUCGCCUUAUCUACACUAGGGAAGGUAGAGAUGACAUAUGUGAAUCGGAAAUUGAUGAUCUCCCGUUGCUCCUGACUUAUUCAGAUUCAGUAUCUGAGAAACCAGAGGAUUUGCAAUCAGGUUUUGCUGCAUUUGAUGUUUCUCCAGAUGCAGUUGACAAUGCUGAUGGAUUUGAAGCUUUGUUGACGAAGUUCGAUAAUGAUUCUAGCUUGGACGCCAGAGAAUCCAUUGAAACGGUGAUGCCACUGCUUGAACAUAAGGCCGUGGAAGUGAAGGAGCAAACAGAUGCAUCGAGUACGAGUAGCUUGGAAGGAUCUGCUGUGGAUGCUAGCGAUCUAAGCAAAAAGGCGUUUGAAGAGGUAGUUAAGCGAUGGAAAGAGGAAGAGAAUGCUAUAGAAGCAAAAUGCAAGGCUAAAGCACUAGAAAGCUUGUGCAUCAAAGAGAUUAGCCUGAGAAAAGAGAUGGAGGAAGUUUUGGCUAGAGAGAGGGACUCGGUAGAAAGGAUGGGGAACCAACAUGAUGAACUCUACCAAGAACUAAAGCAGGUCAAGGAGCAGAAGGCUGUACUUGAAAAGCAGAUUGGAGAUGCAAAUCGUGUGGUACAGGAACUGGAGGAGAAGAUCAUUGCAGCCGUUGAACUUCUGAUUAGUUUCAGGAGACAGAGGGAUGAUGCCAAGGUGGAAUGUGAAAAUGCUGUGAGGGAAGUGAGAAGGCUACAAGAGUUGGGGAAACUUGGCGCUACAAGCUUUCACGGGUCAGAAAUUCUUGAAUUCUCUUUUGAGGAGAUCAUAGAGGCAACUAGUGAAUUUGAUCCAGCUAGGAAGAUUCAAGAAGGAAGAUAUGGAACUAUAUACAAAGGUCUCCUUCGCCAUCUCCUUGUAACCAUAAAGAUGUUACCCUCCUAUGGCUCUCAACUCGAAUUUCAAAACGGGGUGAAGAUUCUGAGCAAGGUGAGGCAUCCAAAUCUGGUAACAAUGAUUGGAAUUUGCCCAGAAGGCAGAUCACUUGUUUUCGAGUACGCUCCAAACGGAAGCCUGGAAGAUCGCCUUGCCUGUCGAGGCAAAUCACGCCCACUUACUUGGCAGACUCGGUUGAGAAUUGCUGCUGAGAUAUGCUCUGCUCUCAUCUUCAUUCACUCCAACAAGCCCUGUAUCAUCCAUGGAAACUUAAAACCGUCUAAAGUCCUCCUUGAUUCAAACCUCGUCUGCAAGGUAUACGAUUUUGGCAUGUCUCAUUUAGUUCCACAAGGCAAAACUGGUGAUCUUACUCUGGAGUCAGAUGUCGACUCUUUUGGGAUUAUUCUUCUCCUCCUGCUUACUGCUAGACCGGUUUCGGGAAUAGUGAAAGAUGUGAAAUGUGCAUUAGAGAUCAAUAAGUUGGAAGCCGUUCUGGAUCACAGUGCUGGGAAAUGGCCAGAUGAACUGGCCAAACUGCUGGCUAACAUGGCAUUGAAAUGCUGCAACGGCGACAGAUUGAACCGGGCGGACCUUGUGUCAGAAAUCUAUCCUGUUUUGGAUCAGAUGCUAGUGCUAUCUUCUUCAACUGAUUCACAGCCACCAUCAUCAUGCUUGGAUGCCAAGGAACCUCGCCGAGUUCCAUCCCAUUUUGUAUGCCCCAUUUUCCAGGAAGUGAUGAAGGAUCCCCAGAUAGCUGCAGAUGGUUUCACGUACGAAGGCGACGCGAUUAAAGGCUGGCUGAAGAGUGGGCACAACACUUCACCCAUGACUAAUCUGAAGAUGGAACACUGUGAUCUGUUGCCUAAUCAUGCUCUGUACCAGGCAAUUCAAGAGUGGCACGAACAACAAUGGUGAACUGAAACCCAACUUAAGCAACUCAUGCCAUAGUGUAUAUCCUUUUACUUUGUAUCUUGUUUGUACAUAGCUUUUCACAAUAUAUAUAGUUAUACCCCUUACACUUCUUUCCACCUUCAGUGUACAUGAUGCAUAAACAAACCUGGAUCUAACAAAAACUUCUAGCAAACCAUCAUUUCGCUUUUGUGGUACCCGUUGAUUUUGAG